GUUCGAAUAUAAAAGCUGUCAAGUAGGUGGUGGUUUCAUUAUCACAUUGGAGAGAGACAAAGUGUGUAGAUCCAAGCUAAGAAGAACUAGAAACUGCACUUGGUUUAAUUUUGUAUCAUUAUAGCGAAGGCCUAACUGGGUUGGGUUUUGAGUUGGACUAAAUACUUAUUGCUUUUGUGACUGACUGAGCAUAUAUAUAUAUACAUAUAUAAAGAGAGAGAAAGGAAGUGGAACUAAAAUCAUCAGAAACAGAGUUUAAACCAUCAGAAAUGGAAGUAAAACCAUUAGAAGUGGAAUUAAAACUAUCAGAAGUGGAAUUUAAACCAUCAGAAGUGGAAUUUAAACCAUCAGAAGUGGAAUUAAAACCAUCAGAAGUGGAAGUAAAACCAUCAGAAAUGGAAUUAAAACCAUCAGAAGUGGAAGUAAAACCAUCAGAAAUGGAAUUAGAACCAUCAGAAACGGAAUUUAAACCAUCAGAAGUGGAAGUAAAACCAUCAGAAAUGGGAUUAAAACCAUCAGAAGUGGAAUUAAAACCAUCAGAAAUGGAAUUAAAACCAUCAGAAACGGAAUUUAACCCAUCAGAAGUGGAAUUAGAACCAUCAGAAGUGGAAUUAAAACCAUCAGAAGUGGAAUUAAAACCAUCAAAAACGGAAUUUAAACCAUCAGAAAUGGAAGUAAAACCAUCAGAAACGGAAGUAAAACCAUCAAAAACGGAAUUUAAACCAUCAGAAAUGGAAGUAAAACCAUCAAAAACGGAAUUUAAACCAUCAGAAAUGGAAGUAAAACCAUCAGAAAUGGAAGUAAAACCAUCAAAAACAGAAUUUAAACCAUCAGAAAUGGAAGUAAAACCAUCAGAAGUGGAAUUAAAACCAUCAAAAACGGAAUUUAAACCAUCAGAAGUGGAAUUAAAACCAUCAGAAGUGGAAUUAGAACCAUCAGAAGUGGAAUUAGAACCAUCAGAAAUGGAAGUAAAACCAUCAGAAGUGGAAGUAAAACCAUCAGAAGUGGAAUUUAAACCAUCAGAAGUGGAAUUAGAACCAUCAGAAAUGGAAGUAAAACCAUCAGAAGUGGAAUUAGAACCAUCAGAAAUGGAAGUAAAAUUAUCUGAAAUGACACGAAUGCCAUCAAGUAUGGAACUAAAACCAUCAGAAAUUCGGUUUUCACAAAGUUCCAUUCGACGAAAGUUUUACCGUGGUGCUAGUCUUGAGGACACAGUGAAAGCUAUAAGGGCCGGUAGAAAAAGUAUCGGAGACUUUCCAACCAUAACUGUCGCACUACACGAAGGAAACUAUUACUCCCUUGAUAACAGGAGACUUUGGGUAUUUAAAAGGCUCGAAGAUAGAGGAUACUGUUCGAAAAUAAAAGUCAACGUGUCAAGAGUUAAUUUAGAGAGACAUCGCAAAUUCACCACAACCAACGGAGGAACAAGCAUCAGAAUAAUCUGAAGAAAAAAAAAAUGACAUUCACCCUCUUUCUCAGCCUAAUUUCUUUAUGUCAGUGUGUGGGUAAACGAUUUCGUCUUAACACAAUCCCCAAAGACUGCCAACUAUAAAAACACACUCUCCAAAUUUAUAAGGCAUUUUUUGCAUACAUGAUGAAUUCAAUAUAAUUUUAGAAAAUUGAACACUAG